AUGAGUGCUAAAACUAACCUUCGCUCGCUAUUGAUAAUAUUGUUUGUUUACAGUGUAAAUACAGCGGCCUAUGAUGUGCAUUGGUUGGGAGGUUCUACAACAAUUGAUCGAGAUUAUCCAACUUCCAAACAAACUGUAGACAUUUACUGCUACUCAGGAACUUCAAAAAGCUUGCUGGCUCUUUGGCAAACUGUAAAAUUUCAUGUUAAACUUAAGAAUAAUGAGUUCAGUCAGUACAUUGGCAGUACGCCUGAAGAGGUGUACAAGGAUUACACUGAAGACAGCUAUGGCUGGUCGUCAGUCAUCAGUCCGUUCCAGAGGAAAUCACAAAAGACUCUCGCCUUAGAGCUUUUCACUCCUACAUGCAUGGCCAUCAACACGAAACAGAGGCAUAGUAUUGAAUUACAGGUCAUAAGAGUUGACAUCUGGAAAGUGCUGUUAAUGUUGCUUGGGAUUAUAUUGAUUAGUUCUGCAAAGAGCUUGAGUGGGAAUCCUCUAUUUUUCUACCUUUGUGGCGUAUUAAUCGGAGUUUUUGCCUCUUUCAUGGUCUUAGUUUACUAUGUCAGUAAACUCCUACCAAAGAAAACCUUAACAUACGGAAUCCUCAUAGGCGGAUGGACAGUGGGAGUGUACGUAUUCCAGCAGAUAUGGGAGAAUGUACGCACAAUAGUGGCUUCAUACCAGACGUAUGUGUUCUGGUACACGCUGCUGGCCAGCUUCAUCAGCUUCCUGGUGUGCUACCGGAUAGGGCCACCGAGGAAUCAACGGAGCAAGAACCUCGUCAUGUGGACUCUGCAGGCAGUCGGUGUCCUAAUGAUAUUCUUCAGUAGCGAGUACCAAGAAGCAGCUGCGUCAGUCAUAGUCAUGACAUUGACUGUCAAAUACUUUCCAGACUGGCUGCUUCACAGGAUACAAGGAUUCUGGCGUAGUCGGUUUCCCCCGAAGCCGCGUCUCCUGUCCAACGAGGAAUACUACGAGCAAGGCGCUCGUGAAACUAAACGCGCGUUAGAAGAACUGCGGAAACACUGCGCCAGCCCCGACUGCGCUCAGUGGCGGGUCAUGCUCAAACUCAACGACUCCAAGAGGUUCGCGAGUUUCGUAGAGGGCAACUCUCAUCUGAGCGACGAUGAAAUACUAGACUAUGAAUCGUACGCGUUCUCUAUGGAAAACGCGCGGAAACCAAACCGUCACUCGACCAGAGACAACAACAUGGAGAUAUCCGACGACGACUCCUCGGACGAUGACGAAAUAUAG